CCUUUCCUCAUCUCGACACGCUGCUUGCCCAUCCCUCAACCCUCCAGAUUAUCGCGUCUCGUAUCGCGAUAUCUACCUGUCUCUCCUUGGGCUAUUGAACUCGACGUACUCGAUCGAGAUAUACCGUUUUCCGCCCUUUCACCCCGAGUUUCGCGGAUUCGGGGACACCAGGUCGCAGGCGCCCUCGUGGCAAGGGCUGCCAAAGGCCUCAGCCGGCCAGCUGCUUGCAAGCGCUUUCAUCGUCGCUCGAGCACGCUUGAUUGUUAACGCUCUAGUAUCGCUUGAUUUUGCUUUGUGCGACUCGGAUCCUUCGUUUCGUUGAUCGCUAAACCGCCUUCGUUUCCUCGAGUAUCACAUCUACAUCCGACGACCGAUCGCCACCAUGUCGAACGUUUACUUUCCCUACUCCAAGGCGCCUUUGCGCACCAUCAAGGAGAUCCAGUUUGGUCUCUUCUCUCCAGAGGAGAUCAAAAGGAUGAGCGUGGUGCACGUUGAGUAUCCUGAGACGAUGGACGAACAACGGAUGCGGCCUCGGACAAAGGGUUUGAACGAUCCUCGCUUGGGUACCAUUGACCGGCAAUGGAACUGCGAGACCUGCGAGGAGGGUCAAAAGGAGUGUCCUGGGCACUUCGGACACAUCGAACUGGCGACGCCAGUCUUCCACAUCGGCUUCUUGACCAAAGUCAAGAAACUCCUCGAGACUGUCUGCCACAACUGUGGCAAGAUCAAAGCCGAUACGUCCGACUCCAAAUUCUUAGAAGCCCUACGCAUGAGAGACCCCAAGCGACGUUUCGACCAUAUAUGGAGACUGUCCAAGGAUGUGUUGAUCUGUGAAGCAGACCCUCCGCCGGACGAGGACGAGCCGUUUUCGAAAGAGAGCUCCAAGCCUCUCCGGAGGCAUGGUGGUUGCGGUAACGCCCAGCCCACGAUUCGUAAAGAGGGUAUCACUUUGGUUGGAACAUGGAAGCCCAACAAGAGCAUGAUGGAUGAGGAUGAGAUGCAGCAGCCGGAAAAGAAAGUCAUCACUCCUCAGAUGGCCCUGAAUGUCUUUCGCAACAUUUCUCACGAAGAUGUUCGCAUCAUGGGCUUGAGUAAUGACUAUGCUCGUCCUGAAUGGAUGAUCAUCACUGUUCUGCCUGUUCCCCCUCCUCCUGUCCGUCCCAGUGUUCUCGUCGGUGGCAGCACCAGCGGCCAGCGCGGUGAGGAUGAUCUGACUUACAAGUUGGCUGAGAUUAUCCGAGCGAACCAGAAUGUCCAGCGAUGCGAACAGGAAGGCGCUCCUGAACACGUCGUACGCGAGUUUGAGUCGCUUUUGCAGUACCACGUUGCCACCUACAUGGACAACGAUAUCGCUGGUCAGCCGAAGGCCAUGCAGAAGUCGAACCGACCGGUCAAGGCUAUCCGAAGCCGUCUGAAGGGUAAGGAGGGUCGUCUUAGACAGAACUUGAUGGGCAAGCGUGUCGAUUUCUCCGCUCGUACUGUCAUUACUGGUGAUCCGAACCUGUCUCUUGACGAGGUCGGUGUUCCGAGAAGUAUUGCUCGGACUCUGACCUACCCCGAAGUUGUCACUCCGUACAACAUCGAGAAGCUGCAGCAGCUUGUUGCUAAUGGCCCGAACGAACAUCCUGGAGCGAGGUAUAUCGUGCGGGACAAUGGGGAGCGUAUUGACUUACGCCAUGCCCGAAGAGCUGGAGGUCAACAACUGCUGUAUGGCUGGAAAGUCGAGCGGCAUCUUAUGGACGGCGAUAUCAUUCUGUUCAAUCGUCAACCUUCCCUUCACAAGGAGUCUAUGAUGGGUCAUCGUGUCCGUGUUAUGCCGUAUUCGACUUUCCGACUGAACCUGUCUGUCACCACCCCUUACAACGCUGAUUUCGACGGUGACGAGAUGAACUUGCACGUUCCUCAGAGCGAGGAGUCUCGCGCAGAGUUGAAGCAGCUCGCCUUGGUCCCUUUGAAUAUCGUGUCUCCCCAGCGUAACGGUCCGCUUAUGGGUAUCGUGCAAGAUACUCUCUGCGGUCAUGAACAUUAUGUUGUGGAUUCCAGACUGGGAUGGAGUUAUCCCCCACCAGCCAUCUUGAAGCCGAGACCUAGGUGGACUGGAAAGCAGAUGAUAAGCAUGGCUCUUCCAUCUGGGCUCAAUUUGUUGCGUGUGGAGAAAGAUAACUCUAGUCUGGCGGAGAAGUUCUCGCCUUUGACGGACGGUGGUCUGCUUAUCCACGGCGGACAGUUGAUGUAUGGAAUGUUCUCCAAGAAGACUGUUGGUGCUAGCGGUGGUGGGGUCAUUCACACAAUCUUCAAUGAGUAUGGGCCGGAUACCGCAGUGGCUUUCUUCAACGGUGCACAAACCAUUGUCAACUACUGGCUGCUGCACAAUGGUUUCAGUAUAGGUAUUGGUGACACCAUUCCCGAUGCGAUCACGAUUCAGCGAAUCGAGAAUUGUGUGCGAGAGAGGAAGAAGGAAGUCGAGGCUAUCACAGCAAGCGCGACGGAGAAUACCCUGGAGCCCCUGCCUGGUAUGAACGUUCGAGAGACCUUUGAGAGCAAGGUUUCGCGUGCGCUCAACAAUGCCCGUGACGAAGCUGGUAGUGAGACUGAGAAGAGUUUGAAGGAUCUCAACAAUGCCAUCCAGAUGGCCCGGUCUGGAUCUAAGGGUUCGACGAUCAAUAUCUCUCAGAUGACUGCUGUUGUGGGUCAGCAGUCCGUCGAAGGCAAGCGUAUUCCUUUCGGAUUCAAAUAUCGUACUCUCCCCCAUUUUACCAAGGAUGACUACUCUCCGGAAUCUCGCGGAUUUGUGGAAAACUCUUAUCUGCGUGGUCUAACCCCAACUGAAUUCUUCUUCCAUGCUAUGGCCGGUCGAGAAGGUCUGAUCGAUACUGCUGUCAAGACUGCCGAAACUGGUUAUAUUCAGCGAAAGCUGGUUAAGGCCUUGGAAGAGGUCAUGGUUAAGUAUGAUGGUACUGUCAGAAACUCUCUGGGCGAUGUGAUACAAUUCAUCUACGGAGAAGACGGACUUGAUGGUGCCCACAUCGAAAACCAGCGGGUCGACAUUAUCAGAUGCUCUGAUGAGAAGUUCAGAGAGCGAUUCCGUGUGGAUCUCAUGGAUCCCGAGAGGAGCCUGGGACCUGAAGUCUUGGAACAGGCCAAUGAAAUUGCUGGCGAUGUUGAAGUCCAGAGAUAUCUCGAUGAGGAAUGGGAGCAAUUGCUCAAAGAUCGGGCAUUCCUUCGCUCUGUCGCGAAAGAAGAUGAUGAGAUGAUGCAGCUUCCCAUCAACGUGCAGAGAAUUCUUGAGACCGCCAGGAGCACAUUCCGGAUACGCGAAGGGGCCAUCAGCGAUUUACAUCCUGCUGAAGUCAUCCCUCAAGUCCGCUCUCUACUCGAUCGUCUGUUAGUUGUGCGCGGCGACGAUCCGAUCUCGCGCGAGGCGCAGGAGAAUGCCACACUGUUGUUCAAGGCACAGCUUCGCAGUCGCCUUGCUUUCCGCAGACUUGUCACCGAGUACUCGAUGAACAAGCUUGCCUUCCAGCAUGUCAUCGGUGCUAUUGAGAGCAGAUUUGCUAAGGCUGGCGCUAACCCAGGUGAAAUGGUUGGUGUGCUUGCCGCUCAGUCUAUUGGCGAGCCCGCCACACAGAUGACCUUGAACACGUUCCACUUUGCUGGUGUCUCGUCGAAGAACGUCACCCUCGGUGUUCCUCGUCUCAAGGAAAUUCUCAACGUUGCUACAAACAUCAAGACGCCAUCUAUGACUGUUUACCAGUUGCCCCACAAAUGCCACGAUAAGGAAUCUGCUAAACAGUUGCGAAGCGUUGUUGAGCAUACCAGCCUGAGAUCCGUUACAGAAGCCACUGAGAUAUACUACGACCCGGACAUCCAGACCACGGUCAUUGAAAAUGAUAGGGAUAUGGUCGAGUCCUACUUCAUCAUUCCGGAGGAUGUCACAGACGCCUCUUCUCGACAGUCCAAGUGGUUGCUUCGUAUCAUUCUCAGUCGGCCAAAGCUCCUGGAUAAGGGCCUUACAGUGCAGGAUGUUGCUGCCAAGAUUAAGCAGGCUUAUCCCAAGGAUAUCGCGGUUAUUUUCAGUGAUAACAACGCCGAUGAGCAGGUCAUCCGUAUCCGUCAAAUCCAGGAUUACAAGGAAGACGAGGAUGAUGAGGACAUUGAAUACGAUGUCACUCUCAAGAAAUUGGAGCAGCAUCUUCUGGAUACUCUCACUCUCCGUGGUGUUCAAGGAGUGGAACGGGCUUUUAUUAACGAGAAGAGCAAAGUCCGUGUUCUUGAGGAUGGCAGCCUGUUUGCGAGCAAGACUGAUCCUCUCUGCAAGGAGUGGGUUCUUGAAACUAGUGGUUCUUCCCUUGGUGAGGUCCUGGCUGUCCCUGGAGUUGACGCUACGCGUACGUACUCGAACCAGUUUAUCGAGGUCUUUGAAGUCUUCGGUAUUGAAGCUGCCCGUACGGCUGUGCUUCGGGAAUUGACCCAAGUGCUUGCCUUCGACGGUUCCUAUGUCAACCACCGUCAUCUGGCGCUUCUGGUCGACGUCAUGACGGUGCGAGGUUAUCUGACACCGGUCACUCGCCACGGUAUCAAUCGUGCUGACAAUGGUGCCCUGAUGCGGUGUUCGUUCGAAGAAACGGUGGAGAUCCUGCUGGAAGCUGCAGCCUUCGGAGAACUCGACGACUGCCGCGGUGUGUCAGAGAAUCUGAUCCUGGGACAGAUGGCGCCCGCUGGUACAGGAGAGUUUGACCUCUUCCUUGACCAAAACCUCCUCAAUACUGUUGUGUCGAACAAUGCACGGUUCGGUGUUAUGGGAACCAUUGGGGCCAAGGAUGCAAUUAUUUCCGACGGAAAGUGCAUACAUCGGUACCCCGAUCCGGAUUCUUCAUUCUCGCCUAUUGGCCAGGCGGGCGCCGAGUCUCCUGGCGGCUUCACCGAGUACCAACCUACGGGUGGCUUUGGAGGUGGUUUCAGCCCCGCUGCUACAAGCCCGGCAGGCUAUUCACCCAGCAGCCCGUUCAGCGCCAAUCCCACGUCUCCUGGGUACUCCCCAACUUCAAGCUAUUCACCUACGUCUCCUGGCAUGGGCAUCACCAGUCCUCGUUUCAUGACGUCCCCUGGCUUCUCUCCUGCCAGUCCAUCGUUCGCUCCAACCUCGCCCGCAUAUUCACCGACGUCGCCGGCGUAUGGACAGGCAUCCCCGACGUCUCCGUCCUACUCUCCCACAUCGCCAGGGUUUUCACCAACAUCGCCCAACUACAGCCCUACGUCCCCCAGCUUCAGCCCGGCUUCUCCUGCGUUCAGCCCUACGUCGCCUAGCUACAGCCCGACCAGUCCUGCUAUUGGUGGCGCCGGUCGACACCUAUCUCCUACUUCACCUACAUCUCCCAAGUACACGCCUACAUCUCCUGGCUGGUCUCCUACGAGCCCGCAGACGUACUCACCUACGUCGCCUAACUUUGCUGGAUCGCCGACGUCUCCGGGAGGCCCCACCUCCCCUGGAUACAGUCCUACGUCCCCGGCCUUCAGCCCUUCGUCUCCUCGCCAGUGAGAUUAGCAAGUGCUUCGGCUACUUCUUUAUGGUUUCCGUUCUAUUCCUGUACCAUCAUCCAUUCUAUCGAACAAUCCAUAAAAUGAACACAUUUUGCAUCUGAUGCCGCGGACUUGGUUGGUUAUUUCAUCCUCAAUAUGGGCGCCAGCAGCCUUUCACAAAUGUAUGCCUUUUUUUGACGUUUCAGCCUGAUUGUUUUUCCUUUUCAAUAAUUUGAGCCACCCUGCUGAAAUUGUGAUACAUUCUUCUGGGCUGGCGAUGCAUGUUGUUCUCAUUCAUUGCACUCCCACUUCCCUUCGGACCUUCGAAAUACCACGAUGGCUUUCGAACUGAAUGGUUAGUGGAUGGGCGAGUGCUUUGGUCCCUCAAGAACGCUGUUAAUGAUUGUAUUACUGCCACUGCUUGUUCUUUUCAUGUACACAGCCUAGCUAAAACGGAUUGAAGAAGGAAUGGAUAAAUAAAGGGAAUAUUAUUCUUAGAAGGGAA